UACAGAAACUAAUAACAGGCUUGAUUUUUCACUUAUCAGCCGUUCAUACCUAGGGCUAUUAGAUCGACGGACCCGAUUAUCAGAUCACCCACCCACACGUUAUUCCGGAUUCUUCCGUCUCUACGGCAUCAUCACCCCUCCUUGGGAUAGUCCGCGAAUCGCUGCAGAAAGAUGACUUUGGUUGUGAGCCGUUGCAGCAGUGCAAUCCACACCACUGCAAUCUCAUCCAUCUAUACAAGAAGAAAGGUGUAUGGGGAACUCAAAGUGCCCAACAAGAUGCUUGAAAGAUCUUCAAUGCAAAAGGAUCUUAGUCUUGGUCAAGAUGUUGCAACAUCAUCAGAGGUCAAUAGAAGAGGAAGUUUUCAUCUUGGAACCUUGGCGAGCACUGUUACAGUGGCAAGUUUGGCUGCAACAGAUAUAGCAAAGGCCCUGCCCAUAAAGCAUGUCAUGGAAGGAGCACCUGUUCCUAUCUUGGCUGAUAUAAACCUUGGAGAUUGGUUUGGAGGAUUCGUAUAUUCAGCUGGACAGCAAGCAAAUGAAGCUGUUCAGGACCAAUUGUCAGCUCUCAGUUUCACUAGUUUAGCAGUUAUAUUUGGUGCAGGGCUGGUGACUAGUUUGUCUCCUUGUACACUAAGCGUUUUGCCUCUGACUCUUGGCUACAUUGGAGCUUUUGGCUCUGGUAAAAGCCGAUCUCAGAUAGUUUGGGAUUCACUUUCUUUCUCACUGGGGCUGGCAACAACAUUGGCAAUCCUGGGAAUUGCUGCAUCAUUUGCUGGAAAGGCUUACGGACAGAUUGGACAGGGACUUCCUAUAGCUGCAUCUGGCUUGGCAAUUGUAAUGGGUUUGAAUCUUUUAGAGGUCAUUGAGUUACAACUACCCUCAUUUUUUAAUAAUUUUGAUCCCCGUGCUGCUGCAGCCAACUUCCCUUCAAGUGUGCAAGCAUAUUUGGCUGGACUGACUUUCGCCUUAGCUGCCUCUCCUUGUAGUACACCCGUGCUUGCUACUCUUCUUGGAUAUGUGGCUGCAUCUAGGGAUCCAGUUAUAGGGGGCAGCUUACUCUUGACAUACACAACUGGUUAUGUAGCCCCUCUCCUACUGGCAGCUUCCUUUGCUGGUGCAUUACAGAGCUUACUAUCGUUCCGCAAGUUUUCGGCAUGGAUAAAUCCGAUAAGUGGGGCACUCCUAUUGGGUGGAGGCACGUAUACUCUGUUGGAUAGGCUGUUUCCUGCAACAAUGGUGAUGUAAUGUAAUUAUUUCACUGAAAUAAAUAAGAACAACAGUAAAUUUCUGUGUUUGAGCAUUUUUAACUAGUCCUGUUUCAUACACAUGACGAAACGCACAGGCCUUCAGUUCUGGCCCAUGCGAGGAUUCAUGAUACAAUAUGCAUGGUUCUUUAGGAUACAAAUACUUCCUGUGGAGAUAACCUGUUCUUUAAUGGAUACACAUACUUCCUAUGGAGAUAAUCUGUUCUUGCA